CUGGUUGGUUGUGCGUGGCGUCAGAGCACCUCGAGUAUGCGCGUGCGCACCGCUUUCGAGAGCUUUUGCACAGAGCUGGAAAUUGGGGGUACUCGAUUGUAGCGUUCGAGGAGUUUGCCGGGUGGCAGGAGAGAGGCAAACUAUCCAGGAUGCUUUGGGACCGGGAGCGUCAUUUAGAUCGAUGGAUGUCAGAGAGGGGCUUCUGAGAAGGCUCCGCCUGUCUGAGUUUUGAGGAGUCCGUGGAAGUUAACCCGGUAAAGAAGAGAGUGAGCCUGACGGAUGUUCGGAGCAGAGGGAAAAGAAUGGUUGCAACUAUGUGUGAGGCGAGAACUCGGUUUUAGGAUUUGCGGGAGAUGUGAGAGAACACUGGAAAGAAAGGUCAGCCAGGCCACAUAGGGGAGAGGUCUGAAUGCCAAGCUGAGUUGGAUUCCUCUUGACAGUGGGGAGCCAUCCGAAUCCAGAGGAGAUGUCAUUUGUCAGAGUGAACCGCUGUGGUCCCCGAGUUGGUGUAAGAAAGACGCCGAAAGUAAAGAAGAAGAAAACUUCAGUGAAACAAGAAUGGGAUAAUACUGUGAGUGAUCUAACAGUUCAUCGGGCAACUCCUGAAGAUCUGGUACGCCGUCAUGAAAUACACAAAUCAAAGAAUAGAGCAUUAGUACACUGGGAACUCCAAGAAAAAGCUUUGAAGAGAAAAUGGAGGAAGCAGAAACCUGAAACUUUAAAUCUUGAGAAAAGAAGAUUGUCUAUCAUGAAGGAGAUUCUUUCUGAUCAAUACCAGAUGCAAGAUGUAUUGGAGAAAUCUGAUCAUCUAAUAGCUGCAGCAAAAGAGCUGUUUCCUCGUAGGCGCACAGGGUUUCCAAAUAUAACAGUGGCUCCUGAUUCCUCUCAGGGUCCCAUUGUGGUAAAUCAAGACCCUAUCACCCAAUCUAUCUUUAAUGAGUCUGUCAUAGAACCUCAGGCUCUUAAUGAUGUAGAUGGUGAAGAAGAAGGAACUAUUAAUAGCCAGUCAGGAGAAAGUGAGAAUGAGAAUGAGUUGGAUAACUCUCUAAACUCUCAGUCUAACACAAAUACUGACAGGUUUCUCCAGCAACUCACAGAAGAGAAUUCUGAGUUAAUUAGUAAGUUGUGGACUGAUAUUCAGCAGAAAAUAGCAACCCAGUCACAAGUAACUCUUCCAGGAACACCAUCACCUGCUCUUUCAUUAGGGGAACAAAGAGCUGCUCUGAAUGCUACCAAUGCUGUCAAGAGACUCCAAACCAGGCUUCAGACUGAAGAAUCUACUGAGACUCUAGACUCAAGCUAUGUUGUGGGACACGUGCUGAACUCAAGGAAGCAAAAACAGCUCUUAAAUAAAGUGAAAAGAAAACCGAAUUUGGACGCUCUUUCCAAGCCGAAGAAAAACAUGUUAUCAGGUAGCACAACCUCUGCAGACUUACCAAAUAGGACUAAUUCCAACCUGGAUGUCCUCAAACACAUGAUACAUGAAGUGGAACACGAAAUGGAAGAAUAUGAGCGGUGGACAGGUCGCGAGGUCAAGGGACUGCAGAGCAGUCAGGGUCUUACAGGCUUCACUUUGUCAUUGGUGAGCUCCCUCUGUCGCCUGGUUCGGUACCUUAAAGAGAGUGAGAUCCAGCUACGUAAAGAAGUAGAGACAAGGCAACAACUGGAACAAGUAUUAGGUGAUCAUCGAGAGCUCAUUGAUGCUCUGACAGCUGAAAUUCUUCGUCUUAGAGAAGAAAAUGCUGCUACACAGGCAAGACUUCAGCAGUACAUGGUCACAACAGACGAGCAACUUAUAUCACUCACAUAUGCUAUUAAGAACUGUCCUGUGAUAAAUAACAGACAAGAAAUUCAGGCAUCAGAAAGGGGAGCCACAGGUCGAAGAAAUAUGGACAGUUCAGAGGGUCCAGCUGUAAAUGCCAAUGUCUCAGUGCCAUUGAUGUUCAGAGAGGAAGAGGUGGUUGAAUUCCCACAGGAAGAGUUGCCUGUUAAAUUGUCUCAGGUGCCAGACCCUCCAGAUAACAUGACUCUGGCCAAGAAUUUUCCAGCACAUAUUUUUGAGCCAGCUGUGUUGUUAACACCACCCAGGCAGAAGAGCAACUUAAAAUUCUCUCCUCUUCAGGACGUAUUGAGAAGGACUGUUCAAACUCGUCCUGCUCCACGACCUCCUCCAACUGUGGAAAUAAUUGAGAAGGAACAAAAUUGGGAAGAGAAGACCUUACCUGUUGAUACAGAUAUUCAGAAUUCAAGUGAAGAGAAUCGUCUGUUCACUCAGAGGUGGAGAGUCUCUCAUAUGGGAGAAGAUUUGGAGAACAAAACUCAGGCUUCUUUUGUUAACCUCCCACAGCCCCUCUGCAAUUCCCAUUCCAACACUCAACAGUCAAGAAGCCCCACAUUCUCAGAAGAGCUCCCAGUACUGGGAGAUGGACAGCAGCUGAGAACAAAUGAGGCAUUAAUACAAAGAAAGGACAUAAUGGCACAAAUGGCUGAUUUGACAUUGCAGAAUUCAGCUAUGAAGGCACAUACGAAUAAUAUUAUUGAGCCUAGAGGAGAGCAAGGGGAUGGACUCCGGGAGUUGAAUAAACAAGAAAGUGCAAGUGACAUGACUUCUACUUUUCCAGUGGCACCAUCUCUAGCACCAGGUAGCAUGGAGGAACGGAUUGCAGAAUUGAAUCGGCAAAGUAUGGAGGCUCGUGGAAAACUACUGCAGUUGAUAGAGCAGCAGAAACUUGUUGGUUUGAAUCUUUCUCCACCAACGUUACCUGUUCAAUUACCUCUCAGAGCAUGGACUGAAGGAGCAAAGAGGACAAUUGAGGUAUCUAUUCCAGGAGCAGAAGCCCCAGAAAGCUCAAAAUGUAGUACUGUCUCUCCCGUCAGUGGGAUAAAUACAAGAAGAUCUUCCGGGGCUGCUAGUAAUUCUUGUUCUCCACUAAAUGCCACCUCAGGAAGUGGGAGAUUCACACCUCUUAAUCCAAGAGCAAAGAUUGAGAAACAGAAUGAAGAAGGCUGGUUUGCUCUUUCUACCCAUGUAUCAUAAGUGAAGUCAAGUCUCACUGAGUUUGUUCUUAAUAAUUUAUUACUCCCCUUUCCCUGCUCUGACUUUCAAGUUUUUAUAUCCUUCUUUCAGAUAAAACCUACAAAGAUCUUGUGAAUUAGUACUAAUGAAACGGAGAAAUAAAGCAAUUAUUUUUUGAUUUUCUCAAAUAAGUUUUCAACAACCAACUGACCUACAGCUCCCUGUGAAUGAAAUUUUGACUGUAGAGAAGUUAAAGCUUUGUAUUUUAAUACUUUCUUAAAUAUUUUAAGGGUCUUUUAAAAUACAUUUUUACCUUUAUCAUCUUUAUUCAGGGUUUUUUGAGGUUUAGUGUAUCUUAGUUGAUCCAUUUAUUUUUUUAUUUUCCUGAAGAACUAAUUUGCUUUGCGUGUAACUUACAAUAAAAUUCCUCUGUAUGAUUAGAGUCUGGCUUUCAGGAAAAUGUAACACCCACUCUUCUUUCUUUUUUCUUGGGAAGUCAUUGCUGUUCAUCACUUUUUCCAUCAAGUGAAAUAUACAGCCUUAAAAAAAUAGGCCUGGGAGUGUUUGUUUAUAUUUGCUUAAGCAGGUAAGAGUGGUUGCAUUUAUUAUAAAAUCUUAUGUAGCUUUUAAAGUGUGAAAAUGUCAUCAAUAAUAGUAAUGCAAAUCAAAUAAAAAAUGAUUCUAGAGCUCAAAUACCUAAAUGUGGUAACAUUGAUUUAUUGGUAUAUUUAAUGUUUCAAACAAUUAAAUAGAAAAAGUUGCAAUCAAUUUUCCCAGCCCUGAAUUUAAGCAGAUCUUUCAGGGUAGAUUUUUCUCUUUUUUUUCCUUUCCUUUCCUUUUUUUUUUUUUUUUUGAGACAGAGUCUCGCUUUAUUGCUCAGGCUGGAGUGCAGUUGUGUGAUCUGGUUCACUGCAACCUCAGUCUGCCAGUUUCAAGCAAUCCUCUUGCCUCAGCCUCCUGAGUAGCUAGGAUUAUAGGUAUACACCACCAUGCCCAGCUAAUUUGUAUAUUUUCAGUAGAGAUGGGGUUUCACCAUGUUGGCCAGGCUGGUUUUGAACUCCUGACCUCAAAUGAUCCACCUGCCUUGGUUUCUCAAAGUGCUGGGAUUACAGGUGUGAGCCACUGCACCUGGCUUAGGAUAGAUUUUUCCAGGGUACCCAUUUGGUUCUGAGAUGUUGAUUUCUAUUUUAAACUUGUUUUUUGAAUGAUCUCUGCUCCUUGGCUCUAUGAUAGGAAUUCUCAACCUGAGUGAGCAAUUCAAACUGAGAUUACUUGUGUUUACUCAUAUAUUUGGAUAACAUAUGACUUCUCCCGUAUGCCCCAGAAAGCUGCUAAUAACUUGCUCAACCUGAAAUUUACAGUUUUCCAAAUUACAGGUUGGCAGAGAUACUAGAUUGAUAACAUCCACAGUUAUGAUAUAAUCAUUCUUAUGCUGUAAACAAAAUGAUUUUGGUUAGCAGAAUUUGAUAACUGUUAACUACCUACUAGGCACUAUUGUAGCCACUUUAUGUGCUUCAUGACAUCUUAUGAGAUAGGUACUAUUAUCCUCGUUUUGCGGAUGAGGAAACUGAGGUUCAAGGAGGUAUUUUCUCAAGGUCACACAACUAGGGAGUGGUGGCACUAGAAUGGGAACAUAGGCAGUCUUUCUCCAAAGCCUAUGUUGUGCUGCCUCUUGAUGGAGAGUAAACCUGUUUUACAGUGUGUGUAGUAUGGAAGCAGCAUAAUAAUAAGAAUAGCUGUUCCUUAUUGAGCCAUUACUGUGGCAGACACUGUACUAUAAGCUGCAAUAUCACCAUUAUCUCAUUUGAAUCUCAUAGUAGCCCUAUGAAUUAGAGGUAUGUAAAUGCUUCCUCCUCUCCCAGCACCUUUACAGAUGAGGAAACUGAGCCCUAGAGGUGAAGAAAGUUGUCUGAUGACAGAAUGCUUGUUAAGAGGUGAAGCCAAGACUUGAAGCUCUUUCUUGCAGUUAUUGGAUUUCUCCUAAUUUAUGGGAACUAAUACAGUACAGUAGCUAAGGAUGCAAGUACUGAAACCAGAAAUCUUGCCUCAAAUGCCAUUUCUGCCACUUGAGCUGUGUACUUUGGACAGAUUAAUCUCAUCUUUCCCAUUUGAAAGUCAGACAUAAUGUCUUCCCUAGAGGCUUGUAAGGAUUAAGUGAGGCAAGUGUAUGUAAAUGGACUGAGCUCAGAGCUUGGCUCACAACACUCAUUAAUGAUCACUGCCCAAUAUUUUUUGUGUAUAAAUAAAUAGAUACACUAUUUCCCCCAUGUUUCCAUUUUUUAAAACAUUGUAUAGUGAAUUUAUUGUAUCUUUCUCAGAUUAACAAUUGCACACAGUGCUUGAAAUGUAGAGGUAUUUCACCUGAAAAGAUGUCUAGAGGUUGAAAGAAAGCAUGCUGGGCAUAUGAUUUGAAAAUAUAACUAACAUGCUAUUUAAAAAUAAGUUUACCCUAUGUUUUCUAUAUUUUCUGGCACCUAGAUAUAUCAUUUAAUAAGUAAUAGCAAGGAUAAUCAUCUAUUUUUUUAAGCCCUGGAAAACCUUGAUUAAAGAGGACAUGUCAGUAUUGCAAAUAAAUGCAUGGUAUUUGUGUAACAUUGUGGAAACUAAUAAACACAAAUUGUACUAUAGCAA